UUAUCUCUCAUAAUAAUUUUCUCUUACUCUUCCCUUCAAUUUCUCCCCAAAUUUCCCUCCCUUUCCUCCUUUCCAAACAACAUCAAACCUCAGUAACCAUGCGUAUCAGCUGCAACGGCUGCCGUGUCCUCCGCAAAGGCUGCUCCGACGACUGCACCAUCCGACCUUGCCUCCAAUGGAUCCGAAACCCCCAGUCGCAAGCCAAUGCCACCCUCUUUCUAGCCAAAUUCUACGGCCGCGCGGGCCUUGUCAACCUAAUCGACGCCGGACCCGCUCAUCUCCGUCCUGCAAUAUUUAAAUCUUUGUUAUUCGAGGCGUGCGGGCGGAUUGUAAACCCGAUUCAUGGAUCCCUCGGGUUGAUGUGUUCCGGGAGCUGGCAGCUCUGUCAAGCCGCUGUUGAAGCCGUUCUCAAGGGCAAGCCGAUCACUUCAAUUUCCUCCGACUCUGAAUCAGCUUUUCGAGCUUGUGAUAUUCGCCACGUGUCCAAGGAUAAUGGAUCUGAUAAGCUCCACAAAGUUAAGUCUCGGACGCGGUGUAAGCGAUCGGGUCCUAAGCCGAAUCCGAGUAAGUUAUUACCCGAGGGCUUUUUAGGUGAGUUUUGUGAGUCAAAGAGUCAUGAAUCGGAGGUGAGUCAGCAUCGGAGUAACGGAAGUGAUAACGGAGAAGGUGACAGCGUGUCAGUUGAGACGGUGGAGGCUAAGCCAGUUAAGUCUGACGGGAGUGACGUGGAGCUGGACUUGACUUUGUGUUUAUAAAAGUUGGUGCCGUGAUUAAUCUGGUGUGGCCAAGUCCAUGGUGGAAAUAGUUUUGACGUCUUAGAUUAAAGGAAAAGCAUCAUAGUAGUGAUCAUCGUUGUUUUUGUUCUUGAUCAAAUAUGGUUAUUAUAGGCUGUAUACAAAGACGCCAUAGAAAAUUAUAAAUAUGGCAUUCUUUUUUUUUUUUUCUAUUUUGUAUUUUUACUUAUAAAUAGGAAUAUAAAAUUAUGUAAAAUACAUUUAAAUAAAUAAUAAAAUUAUAUAUUA